AUGACAAUUGAUCGUUAUAGAACAUUUAUUGAUGGAAAUAAUUUGAAGAAGGAUAUUAUCAAUCGUCUACCUCAAUUAAAUAAAUUUGUAUUCAAUAUUCAAUCGAUCAUUUCGCUUCAAAAUAAAAUUCAUUUAUUAUCAAAUGAAGAAAUUCAACGCACAUUUACAAAUUUUAUCUACAAUGAAGUUAUUUCUUGUGUUGAUUAUUUUUUAAAAGAAAAAACUGGUCAAUGUCAUAUUUAUUCAUAUCCAUACACAAUGAAACGUUAUUAUAAUAUUACAAAUAAUUUUCCAGGUGGAUUAUUUAAAUGUGUUCGUCAAAUAUCAUUAUUUGAUGAAAAUCCUUUUGAGCAUGAAUUUUUCCUUCGAAUUGCAAAAUCAUUUCCAUUAAUGAAAAAAUUAUCGUUAUCUAAUCUGAAACGACCAAAACGCAAACAACAUAUAAAAUUGAAGAAUGUCAAUGAAAAAUUUUCAAUCAUUGAAUAUCGUCAUCUUACUGAACUAGAACUUACUACUGUUCAUAAAGAUUAUGUCGAACUAUUUCUAGAUCAUAGGAAAACUUGUUUACCAAAUAACAUAUUUCUUAGCAUCGAUUAUCGUCCGUUAAGAAAAGCUACACAUAAUUUCACAAGAGAAGUAAUGCGAGUUAACUGUGCUAAAUUAAGUCAACUAUUAAUUUAUGACGAAGUUGAAAUUUCUCAACAGGUUAAAGACUAUUUUCCGCGUGUGAAACGAUUCUAA